UUCUUUUAUAGAGACAGUAUCAUUAUUACAACACAAAAUGCGCUCUCAUCAGUUAAGGAAAAAAACAACUCAGCUUUGAUUUGUUCAUCAUUACAGUAACCAAAAAAGAUGGCUUCAUCUAUAUUGCUAACACUCAUCACCUUCAUCUUUCUCUCCUCACUUUCUCUCUCUUCGCCGACGACAAAUACAAUCCCAUCUUCGCAAACAAUCUCUCCCUCUGAAGAAAAGAUCUCACCGGAGAUCGCUCCUCUCCUCCCUUCACCCGCCGUCUCCUCCACUCAAACCAUCCCUUCUUCUUCAACACUUCCUGAACCAGAAAACGACGACGUUUCCGCAGAUCCUGAUCCCGCCUUCGCUCCAUCGGCUUCUCCUCCGGCUUCAUCUCUUGCUUCUCUGUCUUCUCAAGCUCCCGGAGUUUUCAUCUACUUUGUCUUCGCCGCCGUCUAUUGUUUCUCGCUCCGGCUUCUUGCCGUUUCAGCUAUAUAGGUCAUUCAUAUAUUUUAGACCACGUACGUCAUUAUUUUCAUGAGUUUAUUUGUCCCCUAAAAAUAACGAAUAAAAUUAGAUUUAGUUUGAUUUUCAAUUUUUUUUUACUAUUUGUAUUUUUUAUUGUUCUCCACUUAACAUUUUGUUACAGUUUUAGAUUGGUUUAGAUGAAAAACGCAAGUAAUAUAUUACGUCAGAACCACAUAAUUGAUGCAUAAUUAACUUAAGAACUCUGGAUAAAAAUAAAAAUAAAAACUAAUUUACCGUUAAGUGAUUCAAUACACUUUGAGGACUUAUACUUUUCUCUUCUUUUCAUUUCAUUUGUUCGUUU